AUGUCUUCAGGGCAAAAUUUAGCUGGUUUAAAAUCAACAAACAAAAGACCUACUACUAAACCUGUGAAUACUGUUCAGACAUUGCUUGCAGCAAAAGUAGAUAAGAAUAAACCACCACCUAGUAAACGAACUCAUUCAGACGUAUCUAAUGAAUCAAACAAUAGUUUAGACUUAUCUGGCAUAAUGAACUUUCAAAAGGAUAUUGAUGAAAUUAAAAUCAAACUUGAAGGUGUGACAAGGAGAGAGGACCUUGAUAGAGUAACAAAAGAUCUGAUUAAAACUAGUGAUCUUGAGCAAGUUGUUACUUUAAUUGUCAAAAAGCUGAUGAAUGAAUUUAAAAUAACUGUACAAAAGAAGAUUGAUGAAAAAGUGGAAGAAGUUAAAAAUGAAAUGCAGGAAAAAUUUGAUGCUUUAACUAUAGAAAAUGAAGACCUGAAAAAUAAGAUACAAGCUAUACAGUAUUCCAAUACAACAAUUAGAAGAGACUUAAACGAAACAAGUCGACUUUCAAGACAGGCUGAUAUAAGCAGCAAUUAUAACGAGCAGUACUCGAGAAAAAAUAACAUUAAAAUAAUAAAUUUUCCAAGAAAGGAUAAACAAGAUCUUAGAAAGGACUUUAUGGAAACUGUGAAAAAAGAACUAAAUGUGCAAUUAGAAAACAGAGAUGUGGUUGCAAUCCAUCGUAUACCAUCCCAAAAGGCUGGGCCCUAUCCAGUUAUUGUCAAGCUAUUCAGUAGUGAUGUUAAGCGCCAAAUUAUGAGAUGUAGGAAAGAAUUGACCAGUAAAAUUAGAUUUGUGGAUGACGUUACUCAAAGAAACAUGAGUUUAAUUGAGAGACUUAGAAAAACUGACGAGUUUGAGUCUGUCUGGUACUUUAAUUGUGGAAUUUAUGGUAGAACACCUGCAGGACUUCAGCUGAAAUUUGGACUAUAUGAUGACAUUCAUUACAGAGUACAGCAAGGGAAAUAG